AUGGCGUCUAAUGGAAUCACAGAAGAAACUGCCUCAAGAAUGGAAGAAGGUGCCUCCACUUGCACUGCAAAAAAAACCCUAAAGGAGGGCUUUGGUUUGUGCACAUCAGCUGUAUUUGUGACCACCACCCAAAAGUUGAUUGCAGAGCUGAUUGGCACAUACUUUAUAAUCUUCUCCGGCUGCGGCUCAGUUGCCGUUAAUAAGUUAUAUGAUGGUGUGGUCACAUUUCCAGGGAUUUGUGUGACAUGGGGUCUCAUUGUCAUGGUUAUGAUUUACUCUGUGGGUCAUAUAUCCGGUGCCCAUUUCAAUCCGGCGGUCACCAUCUCUUUCGCCGUCUUUCGAAAAUUUCCAUGGGCGGAAGUGCCGCUAUACAUAGCAGCCCAGGUGUUGGGAUCAAUUCUUGCCAGUGGCACCUUAUGUCUACUGUUUGAUAUAACUCCUAAAACUUACUUUGGAACUAUACCAGCUGGAUCUGAUAUGCAGUCUUUGAUAUUUGAAAUCCUCAUCUCUUUCCUCCUCAUGUUUGUCAUCUCUGGUGUUGCCACAGAUAAUAGAGCGAUUGGAGAGCUGGCUGGUAUCGCCGUUGGAAUGACAAUACUAUUAAAUGUCUUUGUUGCUGGGCCCAUUUCUGGAGCAUCUAUGAAUCCAGCGAGGAGUAUUGGGCCAGCUGUUAUUAGACAUACUUACAAGGGACUGUGGGUCUAUAUAGUUGGUCCACUUGUAGGUGUCAUGCUUGGAGGAUUUGCUUAUAACUUGAUUAGAUUUACAGACAAACCACUUCGAGAGAUAACAAGGAGUGGCUCAUUCCUCAAAAGCAUCUCUAAAAAUUGA